AUGUGUUCCAAAGCGGCCUUCCUUCUUGUUUCGACGGUAGGCAGAGGUUCGCUCCAAUCCGUCUUCGUAACGGUUGAAAGCCUAUGUCAGAUCAAUAUUGGGAUCUGGAGUCGAUUUUUAAAAAGGGACGGUCAACAAAGGCCACAAGAAGGAAACACACAAAAACCGCUAAGCGUACAAAUUGGUCAUAGGUCAUGCGGAAAGACAACAACAAUGUCGCAGGGAAGUAGGCUAUUUCGCCUGGCAAACCAAAUCGAAAUCAGAAGUCCUAAAAGCAUAUAUCCUUAUUUCGCGCUUAAUUGCAAAGCUCAAAGAUCUAGCCUCUGCAAGAAACGUUACGAAGCCGUUCAAAAUCACAAUCCUACAGAUGCCGAUGGAAAAGCCAUAAAAGAAUCUAUAGUCAAAUGGACGGCGCGAUCGCGCAGAGCGGCAAGGCAGAGUAGUUCAAUUUCAGGCAUCUUUGGCUGGUUGCUGGCAACACUUCAACUUUUGGCCUCGGGAAAAGGCGAGUUCGCAAAGUUCACUGCUAUCAAUGAAUCAAUGUACCAUUACGACAAAACUAAGGCUGUGUUGGCCGCCAAGUGCCAUUUGAACGAGUUCCGUUCAUGGACCAAUGAUGCUACAACGCGAAAUCGACAAGGUGUCUAUGUGCUGCAAAACGCCUACCAGAUGUCGUACCCGCGAACUAGUCGAGAGAUCAGAAAUAAGGCCAUCCAAAGUCUUGGAGGUGGUUUAGCUCCUAUUGAGAUCGAUGAAGGAAUGAAGGAAAAGAGAUUGUAA